AGAGAAGGGACUUGAGUUCUGUUAUCUUCUUAGUAGAUUCCUGUUGUAAGGGUCUCAGAGGGGGUGGGGGGGUUGGCAAAAUCCUGGAGCCAGAAGAGAGGACAGCGGCAUUGAUCAAUCUUACAGCUAACAUGUUGUACCUGGAAAACAAUGCCCAGACUCAAUUUAGUGAGCCACAGUACACGAACCUGGGGCUCCUGAACAGCAUGGACCAGCAGAUUCAGAACGGCUCCUCGUCCACCAGCCCCUACAACACAGACCACGCGCAGAACAGUGUCACGGCACCCUCGCCCUAUGCGCAGCCCAGCUCCACUUUCGACGCCCUCUCGCCGUCGCCUGCCAUCCCUUCCAACACCGACUACCCAGGCCCGCACAGCUUCGAUGUGUCCUUCCAGCAGUCCAGCACCGCCAAGUCGGCUACCUGGACGUAUUCCACUGAACUGAAGAAAUUGUACUGCCAAAUUGCAAAGACAUGCCCCAUCCAGAUCAAGGUGAUGACCCCACCUCCUCAGGGUGCUGUCAUCCGUGCCAUGCCUGUCUACAAGAAGGCCGAGCAUGUCACUGAGGUGGUGAAACGAUGCCCCAACCAUGAGCUGAGCCGUGAAUUCAACGAGGGACAGAUUGCCCCUCCUAGUCAUUUGAUUCGAGUAGAAGGGAACAGCCACGCCCAGUACGUAGAAGACCCCAUCACAGGAAGACAGAGUGUGCUGGUACCUUAUGAGCCACCACAGGUGGGCACUGAGUUCACGACGGUCUUGUACAAUUUCAUGUGUAACAGCAGCUGUGUUGGAGGGAUGAACCGCCGUCCAAUUUUAAUCAUUGUUACUCUGGAAACCCGAGAUGGGCAAGUCCUGGGCCGACGCUGCUUUGAGGCCCGGAUCUGUGCUUGCCCAGGGAGAGACAGGAAGGCUGAUGAAGACAGUAUCAGAAAGCAGCAAGUGUCGGACAGCACAAAGAACGGCGAUGGUACGAAGCGCCCUUUUCGUCAGAACACACAUGGCAUCCAGAUGACGUCCAUCAAGAAACGAAGAUCUCCAGAUGAUGAACUGUUAUACUUACCAGUGAGGGGCCGUGAGACUUAUGAAAUGCUGUUGAAGAUCAAAGAGUCGCUGGAACUCAUGCAGUACCUUCCUCAGCACACGAUUGAAACCUACAGGCAGCAGCAGCAGCAGCAGCACCAGCACUUACUUCAGAAACAUUCCCACCAUAGCCCUACAAGGACCUCGAUGCAGUCUCAGUCUUCAUAUGGUAACAGCUCCCCACCUCUGAACAAAAUGAACAGCAUGAACAAGCUGCCUUCCGUGAGCCAGCUUAUCAACCCUCAGCAGCGCAACGCCCUCACUCCCACCACCAUUCCUGAUGGCAUGGGAGCCAACAUUCCUAUGAUGGGCACCCACAUGCCAAUGGCUGGAGACAUGAAUGGACUCAGCCCUACCCAAGCCCUCCCUCCCCCACUCUCCAUGCCAUCCACCUCCCACUGCACCCCCCCACCUCCGUACCCCACAGAUUGCAGCCUUGUCAGCUUCUUAGCGAGGUUGGGCUGUUCAUCAUGUCUGGACUAUUUCACGACCCAGGGGCUGACCACCAUCUAUCAGAUUGAGCAUUACUCCAUGGAUGAUUUGGCAAGUCUAAAAAUUCCUGAGCAAUUCCGACAUGCCAUCUGGAAGGGCAUCCUGGACCACCGGCAGCUCCAUGACUUCUCCUCCCCUCCUCACCUCCUGCGGACCCCAAGCGGUGCCUCCACAGUCAGUGUGGGCUCCAGUGAGACCCGGGGCGAGCGUGUUAUUGAUGCUGUGCGCUUCACCCUCCGCCAGACCAUCUCCUUCCCACCCCGCGAUGAGUGGAAUGAUUUCAACUUCGAUAUGGAUGCUCGACGCAACAAGCAACAGCGCAUCAAAGAGGAAGGGGAGUGAGCCCUACUGCAUGAGCUCUUCCCAUCCUCUUCCCUCCUGCCCACCCCCCUUCAAGGCAUUGUUGCUUGACCUUCAGAGCAUUAACCCUUGCUCCUCUCCUUCCUCUUCUCAGUCUUGUUUCUUAAGGAAAGGAGAAGUAAGAGGCUACCUCUUACCUAAUGUCCGACCUGAUGUCUGAUUCUGAUUCUGGCUUUAAGCCUUCAAAUCUAUUGCUUGCAGGACUGAAGUUGUCAUGGCUACGUAGAAGUGAGCAAAAAAGCAGUGGGUGUCUCCUUAAGCUGCAGAGAGCUCUCAUUGACUUUUAUAAAGCAUUUUCACCCUUAUAGUCUAAGACUAUAUAUAUAAAUAUAUAAAUACACAGUAUAUAUUUUUGGGUGGGGGGCAUUGAGUAUUGUUUAAAAUGUAAUUUAAAGGAAAAGAAAUUGAAUUGCACUUAUCGACUUAUUUUUUUAAUUUACUUGUUUGAAUGGCUUAUCUAUACCCCUUCUCUCAAGGAGUACCACGUAUGGUAAUAAGUUUCUAGAGCUUGAAGGUACAUAUAAGUGACAAUGAUGUAUAGGUCCCUUCAGUUCUUUUGAUGCUAACCACAUGCCACAUCAAACCUUUGGGUAGAUCCAGUUGUAUUUACCAUUGCUUAUUAUGUGGGUGAGACUGUAGGCAUAUGUACACAAUUCUCUAUGUUAGUGUAUUUCAUUUUACUGACAUCCCUACUAGUGAUGGUGGUUCACUUUGGGGUUAUUUAGACCAAUUCCAAGAAAAAGUUCAUGUUCACACUAUCACACACUAGAGAAAGGAAAUAUCCUCUUUUGCUUCUGGUUGGGAAUGAGGAAUGCAGGCCAUGGCUAAAAUUCUUAAAAGAUUCAUGGCAACCAGUGCAAAAACACCUGGUAUCAUGAAUCUGGGUAUAGCAGCAACUCCCUCGAUCUUAUACUAGAUGCCUUAUCUCUUAGUACUUAUUAGGAAAACAUUUGCUGCCAUCACAGAAGCCUUAAAACUAAAUUUCACUACUAGAUUGACUAACUCAAUUAUACAUUUGCUAUCCUCGUUAGAAUUAAGGUUGAUUUGUUUGGGAUGAAUGCCAUCAAUCUAGUUUUUUCUUUUUAUUUUGAGAGGAAUAUUGGCCCUGGGUUAACAUCUGUUGGCAAUCUUCCUUUUUUUUGCU